AUGCCUUCCAAAUUCACAGAGAUACUUGAUCCUCAAUACCAAACAACAUCACCUCAGGACGAUGUGCGGUUGGAGGACAUCAUAGGUGCCGCCAAUAUGUCAGUUCGAGAUCGAACAUCCUCUGAGGCCAGUUCGACGAGUCACAGUUCAUCAAGUGCCUCAAGUUCCGACAGUGACCGUAUCGAGGAGAAGCAGAGGAGAAAAAGGCUCUCACGCUUACUGUCAGGAGGCAAGCGAUGA